CUGUGAAUUGCACCGAGCCAGGUCAUGUGGAGAGCAGCGUUCGGCAAGUCCUACCCAGUGGGCCACAUCGCUACAGCUUCCAGACCACCGUGUCAUACCGCUGCAACGCCGGUUACUACCUGCUCGGGACAAGCUCCAUUGCCUGUCAAGGCGACGGUACCUGGGACCGCUCCCUGCCCAAGUGCCUUUUGGUGCUAUGCGACCGCCCCAGCAUACCUCCCUACGCCCAGAUCUCAGGCGAUCGUCGAACCGUGGGCUCGGUCAUCCGCUACAGCUGCAUCGGCCAGCGUAGCGUCAUCGGCAACACAACGCGCAUGUGCCAGCUGGAUGCGCAAUGGAGCGGCUCACCACCACAUUGCUCUG